AGAUUUUUCCGAAUUAGUUCAUAAUUCAGAUUCUCACUAAAACCUAAGCUAAAUCAUCACGAGCAAACAUGGUUGUGUGGACAGAUGAAGAGCGCGCAGCAAUCUCCGACAUCUUCUCCAAGCUAGACUAUGACGACGUUGGCCCAAAGUGCCUGUCAAGGUGUCUGAUCGUUUACCCCUGGACCCAGAGGUACUUCGGGGCCUUCGGCAACCUGUACAACGCAGAGGCCAUCACGAACAACCCUCUGAUCGCUAAGCACGGCAUCACGGUGCUGCGAGGUCUGGAAAGAGCUCUGAAGAACAUGGACGACAUAAAGAACACAUACGCCGAGCUGAGCAUUCUGCACUCCGAGAAACUGCGCGUGGAUCCCGACAACUUCAAGCUGUUGUCUGACUGUCUGACCAUCGUCAUCGCUGCGAAGAUGGGCACCGCCUUCACCCCUGAGUAUCAGGCAUCCUUCCAGAAGUUCUUGUCCGUGGUGGUGUCUGCUCUGGGCAGGCAGUACCACUAGAGUCAGUCCUCUAUACCUGACAUGUGUUUCACUCCUCGAUGAAAAACAAAAGAAGCAUAGAAACAUCUGUUUGUUGAUUUUGUAUGUUUAUUUUACUCUUGCGUUAAUUGUAUGCCUCGACAAAUUGCACUUUUAAGCAUGGAUAAUAGAAUAAGAUAAACUUUAAAGUUUUAAUGUUUUCAUAUAUAGAUGUUAGAUCUACACAUUAUAAAUAAUACAUUAGCCAAGUUCGCGAAUGCAAGCGCAUUGCCUAAAAGCUUACAGAUUUGGACCGGCUGAAUUGUAUAUUGUUGCUGGCUGUAAAACACGUGACACACAAGGUGUUUAUUAACAUAUACAAUGUACAAAAACAAAACUAUGAAGUGACCACUGUAUUUUCUUUGAACUAAUAAGAAACCCUGGACCAUAAAACAAACAUCAACGCAUCAGUAGUGUUCCUCUAUUUGGGCACGGGUGUGUCCCGGGAUAAAUACACCUCUUCCCCAUUCAUUGAGGAGACAUUUUGUUAGUUUGCUUUCGGCACCCCUCAUUAUCAAACUUAUGCAACCACUCACUUACACUACUGACUACACACACACCAUUGUUAAUUGUAUUUACAUUACCUCAGUUAAUACAUAUUUCUGUUAUUCCUCA